ACCACGCCUCGCGUCGCACGGUAAAGUUCGACGGCCAUAUUGACUGUCUACACCUCCUCUCUUGCCCGGCGGUGAAACUGGCUCAGUCGCUUCAUACAUCACACUGCAUACGGAGGCUGAGAAACAGCGGAGUGUCUAACGGUACACAUCGAUCUAUUUUGGUCGCGUUGGAUAUAUAAAGUAGACUACACUGUGGGCCCAGGGGAGGCAGUUUACCAUUUUCUGAACGCAGUCCAUCUACUGAGGCAGUGGAGCUCAGGGCGAGUCAACGAGACGGAGGACGAUUUAUUUGCAUUUUCUCAGCAGAAGGGCAAGGCUGGAGAGAGGACAAAGAUGCCCAAACCGGACAAUGACCCAAAACACACCUCCAGGCUGUGUAAGGGCUAUUUGACCAAGAAGGAGAGUGAUGGUGCUGCAUCAGAUGAUCUCGCCUUCACAAUCACCCGACCUCAACCCAAGUUGGACUGCAGAGUGAAGGAAAAGCAGCCAACAAGUGCUCCUCAUAUGUGGGAACUCCUUCAAGACUGUUGGAAAAGCAUUCCAGAUCAAUGUGCGGGUCACCACCAUGGAUGCAGAGUUGGAGUUUGCCAUCCAGCCCAACACCACCGGCAAACAGCUCUUUGACCAGGUGGUGAAGACAGUGGGCCUCCGGGAGGUGUGGUUCUUUGGCCUGCAGUACACAGACAGUAAAGGCUACAGCACGUGGCUCAAACUCAACAAGAAGGUGACGCAGCAGGAUGUGAAGAAAGAGAACCCUCUGCAGUUUAAGUUCAGAGCCAAGUUCUUCCCUGAGGACGUGUCUGAGGAACUCAUCCAGGAGAUCACACAGAGACUCUUCUUCCUGCAGGUAAAGGAGGCCAUCCUGAAUGAUGAGAACUACUGUCCUCCAGAGACAGCCGUGCUGCUGGCCUCCUACUCUGUCCAGGCCAAGUACGCAGACUACAACAGAGACCUCCACAGGCCUGGCUACCUCACCUCCGACCGCCUGCUGCCACAGAGGGUCUUGGAGCAGCACAAGUUGACUAAGGAGCAGUGGGAGGACAGAAUACAGACCUGGCAUGAGGAACACAGAGGCAUGCUCAGAGAGGACUCAGUGAUGGAGUAUCUGAAGAUAGCCCAGGACCUGGAGAUGUAUGGAGUCAACUACUUUGAGAUCAAGAACAAGAAGGGAACAGAGUUGUGGCUGGGUGUGGAUGCACUGGGACUCAAUAUCUACGAACACGAGGACAAGUUGACACCAAAGAUUGGCUUCCCCUGGAGCGAGAUCAGGAACAUCUCCUUCAGCGACAAGAAGUUUGUCAUCAAACCCAUCGACAAAAAAGCUCCAGAUUUUGUGUUCUAUGCCCCGCGGUUGCGGAUCAACAAGCGUAUCCUGGCGCUGUGCAUGGGGAACCACGAACUGUACAUGAGGAGGAGGAAGCCUGACACCAUUGAGGUUCAGCAAAUGAAGGCCCAGGCCAGGGAGGAGAAACACCACAAACAGAUGGAAAGAGCCCAGCUAGAGAACGAGAAGAGAAAACGAGAGCACGCAGAGAAGGAGAGGGCGAAGAUAGAGAAGGAGAAGGACGAGCUUGUCGAGAGGCUAAGACAGAUUGAGGAACAGACGCUAAAGGCCCAGAAAGAGCUGGAGGAGCAGACGCGCAGGGCCCUGGAGUUGGACCAGGAGAGGAAGAGAGCGAAGGAGGAGGCGGAAAGGUUGGAGGGAGAGAGACAGGCAGCGGAGGAGGCCAAGGCAGCGCUGGCUAAACAGUCCGCUGACCAGAUGAAGAACCAGGAACAACUGGCCGCUGAGCUAGGAGAAUUCACUGCCAAAAUCGCUCUGCUUGAAGAGGCCAAGAGGAAGAAGGAAGAGGAGGCGACUGAAUGGCAACACAAAGCCAUCUCAGCCCAGGAAGACCUGGAAAAGACUAAAGAGGAGCUGAAGUCUGUGAUGUCAUCACCCCCGGCGCCGGAGCACGAUGAGCAAGAUGAGACGAACGCAGAGGGCAGUACUGAGCUGCACAGUGACGGGGUCACCAGCCACCGCAGCGAGGAGGAACGUGUCACAGAGGCCCAGAAGAACGAACGCGUCAAGAAACAGCUGCAGGCUCUGAGUUCAGAGUUGGCUCAGGCGAGGGACGACACCAAGAAGACCCAGAAUGACAUGCUACAUGCGGAGAAUGUGAAGGCUGGGAGGGACAAGUACAAAACCCUGCGCCAGAUCCGACAGGGCAACACCAAGCAGCGCAUUGACGAGUUCGAGUCCAUGUAAGAGACUGCGCCCUCCCACCCUCUCGUUGCCAUGACAACGGCUCGCUUUCUUGUACAGCCGAACCUGCCCGUUCCCACCCCGUUCCCCCAAAUCCGUACUUGCAAAAAGGCCAGAGGUGUGUGGAUUCAAUGUCCCACCCACUACGCCUUGCCAAAGCUCUGCCCACUAGCGGUUGGCCAAUCAAACCGCUCCACCCAACCACAUCUGGAAUCAUCCAAUCUGGAAUGACAAGCAACAUAUCCUGCCGAAAUGAACUUCUCCUUGAGCAAAGGAUAAUUUAACCCUUGCAUGUCUGAUGUAAGAAUGGAUUUUAAAAAAUAAUGUAGAGAGAAAUUGGUAAAUAUCUUGCUUUUAUUGAGAGAAUUGCCAUUUGUAGCUUUUUGAUGUUAUUGGCAAGCUUGUAUGUAAAGCUUUAAAUACCGUACCUUACUUUUUUUGUUUAUCAUCAAGUAUUUAAAUGGUUUUCUUAAAAAACUGCCUUAUUUGUCUCAUUUCAUUUACAUUACUUUAGUUUUGGUUUCAUAUUUAACUGUGGUGAGUUAGCUGUGCUCUAGUCAUGGGUCAGCUGAUGUUGAACCAGUGUUUAAUUCCUCCAGAAUUUGAACACAGCGUUUUAUUUGUCCCUUCUAACCUAUAUGUUUGAUGUGUUGUUCACCGUCCAUUGAAGGUUUUGUUAACAUAUAUUUUGGUCCACAAUAAAGAAUCCAUGUAUAUUUCUUA